CCGCCCGCGCCCCGUGCCCGGGCACGGGGAGGAAAGCGAGAGCAGCCGGAGCCGGGGGGCCGCCGAAGAUGGGGAACACUACCUCGUGCUGCGUGUCGUCCAGCCCCAAGCUCCGGAGGAAUGCCCACUCUCGCUUGGAGUCCUACCGGCCCGACACCGACCUGAGCCGCGAGGACACGGGCUGCAACCUGCAGCACAUCAGCGAUCGGGAGAACAUCGACGAUUUGAACAUGGAAUUCAAUCCUUCAGACCAUCCUCGGGCCAGCACAAUAUUCCUCAGUAAAUCUCAGACGGACGUGAGAGAAAAACGCAAGAGUCUCUUCAUUAACCAUCAUCCUCCAGGACAAAUAGCAAGGAAAUACAGCUCCUGCUCCACUAUUUUCCUAGAUGAUAGCACAGUCAGUCAACCAAACCUCAAGUAUACAAUUAAAUGUGUAGCUCUUGCAAUAUAUUAUCACAUCAAAAACAGGGACCCAGAUGGAAGGAUGCUCUUAGAUAUUUUUGAUGAAAACCUUCACCCUCUUUCGAAAUCCGAAGUGCCACCAGAUUAUGACAAACACAACCCAGAGCAGAAGCAAAUUUACCGGUUUGUUCGGACGCUGUUCAGUGCUGCUCAGCUGACGGCUGAAUGUGCCAUUGUCACCCUGGUAUACCUUGAAAGACUUCUGACGUAUGCAGAGAUAGAUAUCUGUCCGGCCAACUGGAAGCGGAUUGUUUUAGGGGCGAUCCUGCUGGCCUCCAAGGUGUGGGACGACCAGGCCGUGUGGAAUGUGGAUUACUGCCAGAUCCUGAAAGACAUCACGGUGGAGGACAUGAAUGAGCUAGAGCGACAGUUUCUUGAAUUGCUCCAGUUCAACAUCAAUGUUCCUUCCAGCGUUUAUGCCAAGUAUUAUUUUGAUCUUCGUUCUCUGGCGGAAGCAAACAACCUGAGCUUUCCCUUGGAGCCCCUGAGCAGGGAAAGGGCUCACAAGCUUGAGGCCAUCUCUCGCCUCUGCGAGGACAAGUACAAGGACCUGAGAAGAUCCACGAGGAAGCGGUCAGCAAGUGCUGACAAUCUGGCUCUGCCCAGGUGGUCCCCGGCCAUCAUCUCCUAACCGCGCACGUCCCGCGGAGGCCCGACCAUCCCUCACUUUCUCCUUUAGUUUGAGGAAAGACAGACUUGGGAUGGUUUUGUUUUUGUUUUUUCCUUUCCUUUUCUUGUUUUAGCUCAUAACUCCGUCAGGCUGCCUUGGUGACCGCCUCUGCGCUGGGUGGCCUGCACACAGCAAGGCUUCAAUUGUCGUCAGUAUUCUGGAAAUCCUGUGUGACGCCUUUCCCCACCAUCACUAACAGCACUUCCUUCAUGGAGGAAGCGGACUGUCAUCCUGGAGGAGGAAACGAGGGGAAGGGAAAGUCGUGGAGAGGCAGGGAAAUGGUUCAGUGGCUCGGCCGUUUCUUAAGUCCCCGUCUGGUCAGUAGCCGAUAGGACGGAAGCCACAGCAGUAGAUAACAAAGUCGGAUGUGCAUUAGUGACACAGGUGCCGCCUGCGCCAGCCCCGUGCGGGUCAGUGUGUUCUGUAAGACUUCCUGCAUUCCUUCGAGCUGCUUUUCUGGGAUUUGGGGGUUCUCUGUUUGUUUGAUUUUGUUCUGUUUUGGUUUUAGUCCCACAGAGCAGAGAAUAUAGUUUGUACCCACCAUGGCACAGACAUCCAAAUAAAUAGUACUGGUUGUUUCUCUCUGCACCAUUUUUGCAAGCUGUCUUCUGAGCCUCCUUCCUCAAAAGUGGGAUGUGCUUGUUAUAUUUCUGUACAUCUUUAUUUUAUACGGUGUUUCUUCAACAGUGGCAAAAUUAACUUGACUGUAGUGCUAAACCAAAAGUAUCCAUUUCCCUGUUUAUUCCUCACCCCGAGAAAAUUCUAGGUCACAUGGGUGCUUGUGCCUUCUGAUUUUCUUGCAGUUUUUUUCUCUUACCUGAAGUUGUAAUUACAAAAUCAGUCUGACUUUGUGGGCUGAAGGAAACAAUUUGCAGCAAAGGGUAUCCUUUGGAUGGGAAUUGUUGGAGAGUGCCAGGUGUUUGCCUGAAGUUACUGAGCAGGAACCGGUUCUUUGUACUCUCUGCCUAGUUCAUUCCUCUACUUCCAGCGUCCAUUGUUGCAAGCAAUAUUCUUCUCAAUUUUUAUAUGUUUACUUUAAAUCAAAGUUAGUCUAUUUGUAUAAAAUUUUUUAAAAAUCUAAAAUAAAAAAAACAAAGGUGGGCGGGUGUUUCAGUGGGAAGAUUGUUGAAAUGUUACUAUUUACUGAGGUAUUUUUCUCAGAAUGAUUGAAUAAAAAAACUCAACUUGCA